GAGAACCUUGGGGUGAGUAGGUAAUUCAGACAGAGAGAAUAUACAUUUUGAUUGAAUUAACUUGAAUUUAACUGAUCGCAUAUAUGCCAACAGAUAUAUAAGUGUACAAACCAAAGAAAAAUAUGAUCAAUUCUUUGCUACGUUCUGACUUUAAAACCCAAACGCUAGAUAGCCGGCCAGUUAGCCGUAUGCUAAUAAUUAGUCGUUGGUUUCAAUGUCUGGGUUUGCUUGCUGGCGAUUUUUGGCUUUUGCCAGGGUCGAUAGUGACCAUACGUCUGUGUUUGGCAAUGUCUAUUCCCCCAGGUUUCAAUUUGAAGCAGGCGGCUGUCAGUGUCAACGAUGUUCGGAUCGCUUCGGGUGGUGUUGCAGGUGCUGUGGGCCCAGCUGCUUUGUGGGUGGGCGCUAGGCUCGGAGCUAACUUUUGAGCUUCCUGACAACGCCAAACAGUGUUUCUACGAGGACAUCAUCAUGGGUACCAAAUGUACGCUUGAGUUUCAGGUCGUAACCGGUGGCCACUAUGACGUGGACUGUCGUUUGGAGGAUCCAGAUGGCACGACACUCUACAAGGAGAUGAAGAAGCAAUAUGACAGUUUUACAUUCAUAGCAGCCAAGAACGGCACCUACAAGUUCUGCUUCAGCAACGAGUUCUCCACCUUCACACACAAGACUGUUUACUUUGACUUCCAAGUUGGCGACGACCCUCCACUGUUCCCCAAUGAGAACAGAGUUACUGCUCUGACACAGAUGGAAUCAGCCUGCGUAUCUAUUCAUGAGGCCAUGAAGUCAGUCAUCGACUACCAGACACACCUCCGCAUCCGUGAGGCCCAAGGACGCAGUCGGGCCGAGGACCUCAACACCCGCGUUGCGUUCUGGUCCAUCGGAGAAGCCAUUAUCCUCCUGGUGGUCAGCAUCAGUCAGCUCCACCUGUCCACAGCCACCUCACAGCUCCGAGUCAUCGUUACCCCGCCGUUUCACCGAUACCCUUUGACCGUUUUUCGAAAAAGUCUCGACUCGCUGUCAAGAAUGGAUUUAAAGACGGCCGUGUUCAACGCGGCCAGGGACGGAAAGCUCCGCUUGCUUCAGAAACUGCUGGAGAACAAAGAUGGACACGAGGUGACCAAGCUGAUGGGCGAGAAGACCAACGGGGCCACGCCGCUGCUCAUGGCGGCCCGGUACGGACACCUGGACCUGGUCGAGUAUCUGCUGGAGUGCUGCAGCGCUCCCGUGGAGGUCGGCGGCUCGGUGAACUUUGACGGGGAGACCAUAGAGGGGGCUCCCCCGCUUUGGGCCGCCUCGGCGGCGGGUCACCUGAAAGUGGUGCAGUCCCUCCUGGGCCACGGGGCUUCCGUCAACAGCACCACCCUCACCAACUCCACCCCCCUCCGGGCGGCCUGCUUUGACGGCCACCUGGACAUUGUGAAGUACCUGGUGGAGCACAAAGCUGACCUAGAGGUGGCCAACAGACACGGGCACACAUGUCUGAUGAUCUCCUGCUACAAGGGCCACAAAGAGAUCGCGCAGUACCUGCUGGAGAAGGGGGCCGAUGUCAACAGGAAAAGCGUGAAGGGUAACACAGCGCUGCACGACUGUGCCGAGUCGGGCAGCCUGGAGAUCAUGCGAAUGCUCCUGCAGUAUGGAGCCACCAUGGAGCAAGACGGCUACGGCAUGACCCCCCUCCUUUCCGCCAGCGUCACCGGCCACACUAACAUCGUCGACUACCUGACCACGCACCAGCAGGUAGGGCUCGCACGCACGACCGGGCCGUGUCCGCGGAAAGGCGUUCAGAGAGCGCCGGUGCUUAAAGAGGGUGGUGUUCUCCUGCAGACCAUUCACUCGGAGCGCAUCGAUGCCAUGGAGCUCUUGGGAGCUACAUUCGUGGACAAGAAGAGAGAUCUGCUCGGGGCUUUAAAAUACUGGAAAAGGGCAAUGGAUCUCAGAUACGUGGACAGCAACAACGUCAUCCAGAAACCAGAACCAAAGCAGCUGAUCAUGGCGUACGACUACGCCAAAGAGGUGGGGGACCUUAAGCUUAGGAGCAGACGCCCGGACCACGCUGCCGGUGUCCGAGGGGACGCGUUUCACCUUUUCAAAUCAUCUCCGCAGGUCACAAACGGAGAGGAGCUGGACGGCCUGAUAUCAGACCCCGACGAGAUGCGCAUGCAGGCUCUGCUCAUCCGGGAGAGGAUCCUGGGCCCGCAGCAUCCGGACACCUCCUACUACAUCCGCUACCGAGGCGCGGUCUACGCCGACUCCGGGAACUUUGAGCGCUGCAUCAAUCUGUGGAAGUACGCGCUGGACAUGCAGCAGAGCAACCUGGACCCCCUCAGCCCCAUGACGGCGUCCAGCCUGCUGUCGUUUGCAGAGCUCUUCUCCUUCAUGCUGCAGGACAGGGCUAAGGGGCUGCUGGGCACGUCGGUCUCCUUUGAGGACCUGAUGGGGAUACUGUCCAAGAGCGUCCUGGAGAUCGAGCGAGCGGUCAAACAAAGCGGGCCGAUGCCUCCCGACCCCGCUCAGCUGAGCAAAGCCCUCUCAAUCAUCCUGCACCUGAUCUGUCUUUUGGAGAAAGUGCCAUGUACCUCAGAGCAGGACCAUUUCAAGAAGGAGACCAUCUAUAGGUUCCUGAAGCUCCAGCCCUGUGGAAAGAACGGCUACAGCCCCCUGCACCUGGCCGUGGACCGCAACACCACCUGUGUGGGCCGCUAUCCCGUCUGCAAGUUCCCCUCCCUAACGGUGGCCUCCAUCCUGCUCGAGUGUGGGGCCGACGUUAAUAGCCGAGACGAAGAUGACAACAGCCCCCUGCACAUAGCCGCCUCCAACGGCCACCCCGACAUCAUGAACCUGCUGAUUUCGUGCGGGACUCACUUCGACAGCACCAACGCCUUCCAGCAGACGGCCUGCGACCUCCUGGACGAGAAGGAGCUGGCCAGGAAUGUGAUCCAGCCCAUCAACCACACUACGCUGCAGUGCCUCGCUGCCAGGGCCAUCAUCAAGCACAGCCUCGACUACCGGGGAAACAUUCCCGAGAAGCUAGAAGCCUUCGUCUUACUCCACAGAUAGUGAUUGUCCGGGGGUCGGAACAGGUGAGAGGAGGCCUGGAUGUGCGGCCAAACGUGUGGAGGAGCUUUGUAGGCGCACAGAGUUUAAGAAGCAAAGACUACUGCGUGGGUUAGGUUUGCAAAAUGUGACUAUUUGGAGAGUAUGAACUUGGAAAAAUGUGUGUAUUCCUUUAACCAGGAUGGACUUAAAAAUGAUUGGUUUGGACGGAGGAAGCAGUGACCGCUGUGGGGAUGUAUUAAGAGCAACAUGGACAAACUUAGCUGUAUUUUCAGGAUGAACUGAGCAGAGGGAUCCACAUGCUUUUGCCUGAGGAAGAUUCCCCCCACCCCCAUAUUCCACAAUGCUAUUUAUUAAAUGAAACUUGAGAGAUUUUUCUCCAUGCUGGCUCCAACCAAGUCUCAACGUUGCCUGCAUUUUUGCUUUUGCCGGGACUUCAGGUUUGGUGUUUUUUUUAUUUUUUUCCUCUUUUUUUUUUUGGUUUUUCUUAUUUUAUUUUUUUUUUUGUUCAUGGGUUGUCCAAUCACUGCUGCCAACAGUCGUGGACCCUUCCUCAGUCAUCGUUAGGGUUAAGUUUUUGUACGUUUACAACACAUGUAGUUUUUUGUCAUACAAGUCUGGAUAUCUGCCGAGUGGCGUGGAUUCCAGACCACUUUGUCGUUCUCCCUCACGCGUACAAACAGAGCUUUACAAGAAAGGGUUAACGUGUGCGAACGAGCGAGCGAACACCGUAAGUGCUUUAUUCUUCCUAUGCACAGGCUGGGCUGUUGUAGAGACUGUUGUAUUCUGUGCCGGCACUUGUCUGUGCAAUAUCUCAUGAGUGGGUUUAUUUUUUAAAUUUCUUCUUUUUUUUUUUUUUUUCUUUCGUUGGUGUUUACCUCAUUGAUGCCGCUUCCUUUAGCUUCCACCUUCUUCAGUCGAGGAGGUGGGAUGGG